AUGGUGAACGUUCUACAAGAACUGCUAAAUGUUUGCCGAUUUUGUUUGUGCGACAGCGAACGGGAUUUGAAACCUAUUUUGGAAACAUUGGAUUCUACACUAACGACCGACGAGGUGGCACGAUAUACUGGUAUACAGGUUAAUGCCGACGAACAUUGCUCACUGUAUGCGAUAUGCGUGGCGUGUACAAGCAUCCUGAGGAAAUCAAUAGAAUUUCGACAAACAUGCCUUAACAACCAAAAACACGUCGAAGAACUGCUUAUGAUGUUGGUUGCCAGUGCAGUAAACACGCCCUACGAAUCUGCAGAGAGCGUACAAUGGGUGGAUAGUGCGAAUGAGGAGAUAAAUAUAUGUGUGGACCAGAUUCAGGAGGAAGACAGCGACAAUGAAUUCAUUGCCAAGCUAAACAAUACUCAGCCACCGAAUGUAUGUAAUAUGGAUAAUGAUAUGUACUGUGCCAACUACAUCGAGCCCGCCAAAUCGUACAAUGCUGAUAACAACGAUAUUUGGGCAAGGCCAACGGAGGAGUGCAAGAAAAGACCGAGAAAAAAGUACACCUACAAAAAAGAUGCACCACCGGCACCCAUCGUUAAAGAACGGAAAAGGAAGAGAAAAAUUUAUGAAUUUUCUGUACUUGCCGAAAGCGAAUUGUACUACGUGAAGACGUACAAAGAUGUAAAACGAUUGUAUAUGAAGACGCUAUGCGAGGUUUGCGGAAAACUAGUUACCUCCUUUACAAGCCACAUGGAAACUCAUUUCCCAGAGACAACGCACAGUUGUCCGCACUGUCCGGUUAAGAUGAAAAAGAGAAACAAUAUGUCACAGCACAUCAAAACCGUACAUUAUAAAGUCGUUGGCAAAACAUGCGACAUAUGCGGCCAGGGCUUCGUACACCACAAAACUUAUCGUUAUCAUAUGCUCUCCCACCAAUCUGAAGGAAAAGCAUUUGAAUGCAAACCAUGCGGCAAAACAUUUAACAAACCGUUCGGUCUUAGAGAUCAUCAUAAUAGAGUUCAUAAUAUUGCCAGAAGCUUGAAACGAACAGCUUAG